AGGGCCCAUAUGGGAUUUUUGCUGGAAGAGAUGCAUCCCGAGGUCUUGCCACGUUCUGCCUGGAUAAGGAGGCUCUGAGGGAUGAUUAUGAUGACCUCUCUGAUCUCAAUGCUACACAGCAAGAGACCUUGAGGGACUGGGAGUCACAAUUCACUUUUAAGUACCACCAUGUUGGUAAGCUGCUGAAGGACGGGGAGGAACCCACCGUAUACUCUGAUGAAGAAGAAAAAGAUGCCCAGGAUGCAAAGAAAGAAUAGAGAGUGCAAUGAGGAACAAUUGAUUUUUGAAUCGUAAAGGAUCAUUUGUAACAUUCCACUUCUGGUUUACAUGUUGCAACAGCAGCAAUGCUUACAAAAGGUCCAGAGUUACAGUGAAUUGAGUCUUUUCAAAUUCAGUAGUAAACUACUAAAGGUCUAAGAUCUGUCUUCCUUUUAAACCUGCAUAAUCUGAAGUGUGCACAAAAAAUGUCUGUGCAAAAGUAAACUGCAACUUUGGCAAUAAAGGACUAUAGGACUAUUACUAUUUUUCUUCUAUAGCAUU